ACUAAUAGAGUCCAUCUGUGUCACGUGACGCAGACGAGGAGGCCAAACGACCCCACAGCUGUAGCUACAAGCUUGUACUGCAGUGAGCUUUCAUUUUCUAUACCUUUAAUCCUCACGAGGGUUACGGGUGAACUGCAGUCUAUCCAAGCCGACUUUGUGCGAGAGGCGAGUAAACCCUGGACUGGUCGCCAGUCAAUCACGGGUUGGAAAACUGUAGGUGACCAUGUUGCCGGCCCAGGAGGCAGCUAAGAUCUACCACACCAACUACGUUCGCAACGCCCGCGCCGUGGGCGCGCUGUGGACCGUCUUCACCAUUACGUUCGCCGUCAUCACGGUGGUGGUGUUCAUCCAGCCCUACUGGAUCGGGGACAGCGUCAACACUCCACAGGCCGGCUACUUUGGCCUCUUCCACUACUGCAUCGGCAACGCGCUCACCUCGGAGCUCACCUGCAAAGGCAGCGCGCUGGACUUCGGCUCCAUCCCGUCCGGGGCCUUCAAGACAGCCAUGUUCUUCGUGGGCAUCUCCACACUGCUGGUGGUGGGCAGCAUCGUGUGCUUCAGCCUCUUCUUCUUUUGCAAUGCGGGCAGCGUGUACAAGAUCUGCGCCUGGAUGCAGCUGGCCUCCAGCGCUUGCAUGGUGAUCGGCUGCAUGAUUUACCCCGACGGCUGGGACUCGGAGGAGGUGAAGCGAUUGUGCGGCCAGCGGACCGACAAAUACACCCUGGGCAACUGCACGGUGCGCUGGGCCUACAUCCUGGCCAUCAUCAGCAUCAUGGACUCCCUCAUCCUCGCCUUUCUGGCCUUUAGUCUGGGCAGCAGACAGGACAACCUCCUGCCCGAGGACUUCCAGGCAGAGGAGAAAGACAACGCAUGAUGAGCCUACUACUGACCACCAAAGCAAGACUUUCACAACUAUUUGAACCCAAAGAAGUUCAUCCUGUCUUUGUUGAACCGUUUCCACUUCAUUAAACUUUGUUCUGUACAAGGCAUCUUAGAAAGGUUUCAGGACUAAUGUUAGAGAAGAUAAAAUUCAAACCCAAACUACAAGUUUUCUCCUUCAACGUAAUCGCCCUGGAGUAUAUAGGCCUGUGUCCUUUGUUUCAGUAGCCAUUGAACCCCAUCCCCAACACACACACACACGCAUACGUUUACAUAUAUACUGUAAAUAUGCAUGAACAGUUAGUGAUGAGAUCAAGGACACCAGACCUGCUGGGGAGUCACCACCACUGAUGAAUCAUGUAUCUUCGUGUACGACCUGAACACCAAAUGCCAGAGCCUUAGGUGGAAGAGUCCGAUCUCGCCAAGGCCAACGAAAGCAAGACAGGCGGAAGUCCAAAGUCAUGUUGAUGGCAUCCCUCGAUGUAGGGGCCAUCAUCCACUGCGGCCAGACGAUCAUAGUUUCCAAUUGUCAAGCAUAUUUCUGUAAUUUUCUUUGAUCUUUAAGUAAGGACACAAUUUAUUUGCAAAUUACUUUUAUAAAUUCAUGUUAGGUUGUUUUUACAAGACAAAAUGUGAUUGGGGGAAACCCUGCAAUAGAGAAACACUUGCGAACCCAAAAGUCAUGGUAAGUUGAAGCAAUUAGCACGUUUUUUUCAACUUAAAAACAAAGUGCUAAUUAGACCGUGGUAGUGCUGUACCAAAGGUCGAUUAUUCUGUUAAGUACUGUACGACUACAACUAAAAUAUAAAAUAAAAAAAAUAAUAAAACACCUGUUUUAAAAAAAAAAAAAAAAAAAAAAAGAAAAUAGCAAAUAUUUAUCAAUGGCUCCAACGUUAGAUGCACAGUAGUUGUACCUACAACUGUCCAAUGAGCGGCUUUUCAGGCAGGCGACGAGUUACGAGACAAACACUUAAAACACUUUUGGAAAUGUUUUAUUCUUACCUACAGAAAAACGAUUGAAGAGGAGACAUGACAGAGAGCCUAUAAGCCAAUUCCUUUUGCAGUGUGGGGGUUGCUGUACAGCAUUUGAGUCGAGCCCAUUUCCGUGCAGUUAAAAAGCACCUGAACAUCCCUUUCCAAAACGUGACUGACUAUGCUGCAGAGUGCAUGAUGCUAUCCAACCACUUGAAUCCAUACAGGUCCAGUUUGAUGUUUAAUGGUUUCCAAAAUUGCAUCUGUUACUAAACGAGUUUCAUAGGGAUAGAAGACAUUGCAUUGUGCCAGGCUGAAAACAAGAAUAUCCAUAACAAAAUGUAUAAAAUCUAGUCCUCUUUCCUCUUCUGUGUACAAAUGUAGAAAUGUUUAAGCAUACUUAGCUAGGCCAAGACUUCCUAGCCCUUUCCAUGGCAGAUAGCAUUUUUUUUGCAUUUAUUCAAUUGCAGUACUUCGAAGGCUUUUGACAACUAAAUAUAUAAAUGAUGGCACUGCUAAUGCAAUUAGCAAGACUGCACAUAUUUGGCAUCUUGGUGAUCCCAACAAAUUGGUGAUUUUGAUGGCAACCUCUGUUGCGGCUGCUGUAGUCUCAAGUGCAAGAGCUACUGUAUAUCUUAAUUUGUAACAGUACCUAAAUAUCUGAGAGACAGAGUUAUGUGCUGUAGAAAAAGAGCUUGAAACAGAAACUGACACCUAAACAAACAAGUCCUGCAAAGUUAAGUGCAGACGAUUUGGGCUUCCUCUUCCUUCAGUAUUCUACAUAUUGUGGAUGGCGACUGAAGUGCAGUCACAGCUGGUGUGUGGGUUGCAUCUGAAGGCCAUGAAACGUGUACAGUCAAGUUUUUGCAGGAAGGUGUGUUUCGGUUUCAAGCCCAUAAUCUUUACACCUAUCUUGUGUGCGUGGGUGUGUGUGCAUCCUUUCACAAUCACAUGUAGAAGUGUGCACACAAUGCGCUGUCUCUCAAGCCAGCCACGCAUGGGAGAGGCACUGAGCAGCCGUGGCCCUCCUUUCAGGGACAAGGUCCAGCAUGGGCUGCAGGAAGCUGCUGAAGCUGUGGGCCUCUUCUUUGGACCACUCGUACUUCUCCACCAACACAUCAAACAUGCCCCAUGGCUUCAGCUUAGUGAUGUGUCGCAGGUCACCU